AUGAAAGUGACGAAUAUCACAUCUGAGGACGGAGUCAAAGACUUCGAAACUGUGGACAUUGAACCGGAGGAGACCGAGUACCUCGAGGUGAACCGGCCGUCCCGUUUUCAGAAUGAACCCUCCGUUUUCAGCUUCCGGCCGAUGCGAAGCAUGUCGACCUGACACGUCAUCGCCUCAAGGAAAUCGGAGAUUACUCGUGGCUGACGGAGGUCGAGUUCUUCUCGUUCCGUUGGAAUCUCCUGAAGAAGAUCGAGAAUCUGGACAAGCUGACGACGUUGAAGCAUCUGGAGUUCUAUGACAAUCUGAUCACCAAAGUGGAGAACCUGGACACCCUCGUCAACUUGGAAAUCCUGGAUCUCUCCUUCAAUCGCAUCUCGAAGAUCGAGAAUCUGGAGAAGUUGACCAAGCUGAAGCAGCUCUUUUUUGUUCACAACAAAAUAGAGAAGAUCGAAGGAUUGGAGGCGUUGACGGAGUUGGAGUACCUCGAGUUGGGAGACAAUCGGAUCGCGAAGAUUGAGAAUCUGGAGAACAAUCUCAAGUUGGACAGACUCUUCCUCGGCGUCAACCAGAUCCGCCGCAUCGAGAACGUCGGCCAUCUGAAGCAGUUGACUGUGCUCAGUGUGCCCUCCAACGCGAUCACUACCGUCGAUGUAAGAAUUAUUGAAAAUGUUCUCAUUCGCAAUCCCUUUUUGCAGAACGUCUCCGAGCUGACCAAUCUGAAAGAGCUCUACUUGGCUCAAAACGGAAUCAAGUACUUCUGCGGACUGGGCGAGAAUCUGCCGCUCGAGGUUCUCGACAUGAACCAGAAUCGUCUGGAAAAGGUGGAGAACGUCCGCCAACUGACUGCUCUAACUGACUUCUGGGCCAGAGGAAACAAGGUUAACAACUUCAAUCGGUUUACAACUCAGUGAGGAUUCUUUACAGCUGUCGGAUUGGAGUAUCCUCGACGAACUGGUCGAUCUUCCGCAGCUCAGCAUCGUCUAUUUGGACGGAAAUCCGUUCGCCGAAGCGGACACUUACCGCGGAAAAGUUGUCCGUCUCCUUCCGCAGAUCGAUCGCCUGGACGGAAGUCAGUGCCGCGAUGUAAGAUUAUUCCGGCACUUUCCAUCUAGCGAACAUGAUCUGUUCAGAAAUCGAUGCUUCGUGCUCCGAAGACCGAUAAUGUGACUGCCGAGGUGGAAUUCGAGAAAUCGGAAGACAACGAGAAGACCGAGGCGAUUUGA